AUAUAUAUGUGAGUAGGAGUGAGCUAGUUUCAUGCAAAUCUCUGCUACCACCACCAUUUUCAAUGGGUGUCACCAACUUGGAAGAAGUGAGCCAUGAAUGCAAAGAGCUGCUCGAUUCUCUUCCGAAAGAGCGAGGUUGGAGAACUCCUCAUCUCUAUCUAUUCCAGGGCUUCUGGUGCCAGCCAAAGGAGAUUCAGGCCAUAGUCUCAGUACAGACACACUUCCAGGCACAGGACACUGAUGUCAUGGUGGCCACCAUACCAAAAUCCGGCACCACCUGGCUGAAAGCACUCGUGUUUGCAAUCGUGAACCGGAACCAUUUCCGUGACCAAAACAACCAUCCCUUGCUCACACACAAUCCUCAUGACCUUGUACCGUUCCUCGAGUACAAGGUCUACUCAAACAACCAGGUUCCUGACCUCUCCGCCCUUCCUUCCCCUCGGCUUUUCGCCACCCACGUGCCCUUUGCCUCGUUGCCAGGCUCCGUUAAGACAUCCGACUGCCGGAUUGUGUAUAUAUGUCGGAACCCCUUUGACACCUUUGUCUCAGUUUGGCAUUUCAUGAGCAAGACGAGACCUGAAACUUUAGGUCCUUUUUCGAUGGAAGAGGCAUUUGACAUGUACUGCAAGGGGAUUGUAGGGUUUGGGCCCUAUUGGGACCAUAUGUUGGAUUACUGGAAGCAGAGCUUGGAGAAGCCCCACACGGUGUUGUUUCUGAAAUAUGAGGACAUGAAAGACGAUACCACCUUUCAGUUGAAAAGGACUGCGAAAUUCCUGGGAUGCCCUUUUUCCUUGGAGGAAGAGAGAGGAGGAGUGAUUGAAGACAUAUCAAGGCUGUGCAGUUUUGAGAAGAUGAAGGAAUUGGAGGUGAACAAGUCCGGGAAGUCCAUUUCGUACUUUGCAAAUGAGCAGUUGUUCCGGAAAGGCGAGGUGGGGGACUGGGUGAACUAUUUCACUCCAUUGAUGGUGGAGCGACUGUCUAAUGUCAUGGAUGAGAAGUUGGGUGGCUCAGGUCUGGCGUUCAAGAUGUUUUGUGAGGACAAGCAUUAACUCUGGAUGCUUAUGAAAUCGAGUAAUGCUAUUAACGGCGAAGAGUUUGAACGAAAUUAGAAGACGAAGACUAUUCAUUUAAUGAAUACACUCAACUGGAUCUUAGGUCACUCCUAGUUGAAUGUAUAUGAUGGAUAUAGAGUUUUCGACUCUUCAUUUCGUUCAAACUCUUCGAAAGUUGAUAGCGAUACUUGUUUAUUUAUUCACAGACCUGUUAAAUUAGUAUGACCUAAAGGUUUAAGAUAGCUAUGGUGUGUUUGCAGCAAGAAUGGUGAAUAUUGUUUAGGGUCUAUUAAAUCAUUAUUUUCGUCCUAAAUUAUUGUCCAUCUUUUCUUUGGUUGUAUGUAAGAUAUUAAAUGUUUAUUAGUGUGUUGUAAUAUUUUUGUUUUAA